AUGGCUGGCUAUUCAUUUCAAUCAUCUUCUUCAUCGGGAGGCGGUGCUGAUAGCGCAUUCCAACAAGCUGAUGCAAACGGUGAUGGGCGUGUCGAUAUCAAUGAAUUCCGUAACUUUCUUGGUCAAAACCUCAGUGGUGGUGGCGGUGCAAGUGCAGGUGCCGGUUCGUCAUACGAAUCAUCAGCCUCAUUUGGUUCUGGUGGUGGUGGUGGUGGUGGUUUCGGUGCAAGUGCUGGUUCGUCAUACGAAUCAUCAGCCUCAUUUGGUGCUGGUGCCGGUGCAGGUUUUGGUGCUGGUGCUGGUGCAGGUGCAGGUUUUGGUGCUGGUGCAGGUGCAGGUUUUGGUGCUGAUGCAGGUGCAGGUUUUGGUGCUGGAGGUUCAAGCUUCGAAUCAUCAUCAUCUGGUGGCGGUUUUGGUGCCGCUGGUAGUGCAAGUAGCUACGAAUCAUCUUCAAGCAGUGCUGGAUUCUCUGGUGAAGCUGGAGCAGCUUUCGGAUCAUCAGGAUCAUCAGGCGUUGCUGUAACCCAAUAUGCUACUGAUGCUCAAGGACUCUUCAAAGAUCCUAACCCACAAAUCAUCCGUCGUGCAGCUGUUGGUGGUGUACAAACAUACACACAAAACAUCAAAGUUCGAUUCCUUCAACCACCACCAAUACCACCACCAGGCCCACUCAUCAUCAAGGAAGUACGUCCACCUCAACCACCUCCACCACCACCACUUCGUAUUCGUCAACAAGCUCCACCUCUUCCAACACCACCACCUCUUGUUCUUCGUGAAAGACCACCUCAGCCACCAGCACCAGUUGGUUCUCAAACAGUCAUCCGUCGUUUAGGUGCUUUACCAGUUCCACCACGAUCGGUCAUCAUCGAACGUCUCCCACCUCUCCCACCCAAACCACGUGACAUCAUCAUCGAACGUUGGGUUCCAUAUGGCGCUCAAAGUAAACGACGUACCAUUGUUCAACGUGCUGCAGCCGCUGCUCAAUACGCAGCACCACGCAAUGUUAUCAUUCAAUACGAAGCAGUUCAAGUUCGUGUUGUUCGUCAAUUCCAACGUCUUGGUGUUGUACAAGCUAAUCCACAAGCUUAUCUUCAACAAUAUGGUGCUCAACUUCUUGAUGCAAGCACACUUGUUCAACGAGCUCGUUCAGCCGGUGUUGUCGAAGAUAUCUCUGCUCCAGCUGGUGCUGGUGCCUCAGCUGGUGCCUCAGCUGGUGCAUCAGUUGGUUUCAGUGCUAACUCAUAUGGCCAAGAAUCAUCGUUUGGUGCUUCAUCAGGCUUGGCUGGCGGUGCUGGUGCUAGUGGCGCUGAAUUUGUAUCCGGAGGUGCCGGAGGUGCCGGAGGUUCGGAAGCCGGUUUCGGUGGAUCAUCAUUUGAAUCAUCAAGCUUCUCAUCAGGUGGUGGUGCUGGAUUCGAAGGUGGUUUCGCUGCUGGUGGCGGUGGUGGAUUCGGUGGAUCAUCAUUUGAAUCAUCAAGCUUCUCAUCAGGGGGUGCUGGGGGAGCUGAUAGUGCUUUCGAACAAGCUGAUGCAAACCGUGAUGGACGUGUCGAUAUCAAUGAAUUCCGUAACUUUCUUGGUCAAAAUCUUGGUGGCGCUGGUGGUGCUGGAGGUGCUGGUGGUGGAUCUUCAUAUGAAUCAUCAUUCAGCUCAUCAUCAGUUGGCUAUUAA